GAGCGAGCGAGCAUCUACACUCAUAUGCACACUCCCUCACACACACACGUUUCAUUGUCCCACAGUGCGGACAGGAGGCUUUACCGGACCGCUCUUCUUCUGUGAAAAACCUCAUCAGAAACAACGGAUUUAGCUCUUUUGUUGUAUUUAGACCGGCUUAUUUCCAUAAUCAUGAGCUUCUAAUGCGCGCGUGGGUCUGCACCGGCUUUGACUGAGCGACACCUGCUCUGCCUCUCUCUUUCACACACACACACACACACACACACACACACACACACACACACACACUGAGACACACUCACACUCACGCACACUCACUCACACACUCACACACUCUUUUGUCUGACAUCCCUGCAGCCAGCAGCAACGCCGAAGAAGAACCGGAGGAGGUGGAGGAGGAGGAGGAGCGGGGUGUACCUGGCACCUACAGCCGCGCGUCGCUGCUCUGUUUCCCGCAGAGACACCCAGGAGCGCCCGCCUCCCUCGCCUGGUUUGCCCGCGUGUGAGUUAACCGGAGCUCCGUGCACUUUGUAGAGGGGGAAACAGCCUCUCGGACUCGCUGAAAACAAACUCCUUAAAUUUUAAAAACUGAAACAAAACACGGAAAAUAGGAUCCGCAAAAGAACUUCAUUCACUCACAGAAGACACCGGCAGGAUUUUUGAACAGACUGAGAGAAACUUGGAAGGACUACACUCCAGAACGAUGCGGUUCCCGGUGCUCCUGUGCGUGUUGGCGUGUCUGUGUGAAGCACCGGGCCCGGUGGUCGCCGGGGCGGACAGAAGCUGCACCGACCUUCGGCAGUUUUACACCGGGAAAGGGUUCACUCUCGCCGGGGUACCACAGACGGAGAUCUCAGGUGAACAUCUGAGGAUGUGUCCUCAGGGUCCCACCUGUUGUACCAGUGCCAUGGAGGAGAGCCUGGCCGGCCUGAGCGGCCGAGAGACUGAAGGGCUGAUCAGAGAGGCCGGCAGGUCGCUGCAGGCAGCCUUCAACGCUCUCCACAGGAGCUUUGACACUUAUUUCACUGAGCUGCACGGUCGUUCAGAGCGCUCCCUGCAGGAGGUGCUGUCUCCACUCGGUCCUCUGUACUCCCAGAACACUCGUCUAUAUGGAGAUCUGUUCACCGACCUGCGACAGUACUACCGGGGCUCCGCACUUAACCUGGAUGAAACCCUGACUGAGUUCUGGUCCCGCCUAUUGGAGCGCACCUUUAAAACCACAUCCCCCACAGACGUCACUCUGUCAGAGGAUUACCUUGAGUGUGUUGCUAAGCAACACGAGACGCUGCGGCCAUUUGGAGAUGUUCCCCGGGACAUGAAGGUGAAAGUGGUCCGUGCUUUUGUCAAGGCCAGGUCGUUUGUCCAGGGGUUGAUCAUCAGUGGGGAGGUGGUCAGGAAGGUCUCACAGGUUUCUCUGAGUCCAGACUGUGUGAAGGCUCUGAUGAAGCUGGUUUACUGCCCUCACUGUCGCGGCAUAGCCUCUGUCAAACCCUGCUCAGCCUACUGCGCCAACGUCAUGAAGGGCUGCCUCGCCAACCAAGCUGACCUGGACCCCGAGUGGCAGAACCUCAUUGACACAAUGAUCCAGGUGGCCUCUAGUUUCAGCACAGAGCCCAGUCUGGACGUGGUUCUCUCCUCCAUCCCUGCUCGAAUCUACGAGGCUGUUCACUUUCUGCAGGAGAACAUGGAAACAUUCACAGCGAAGGUGUACCAGACAUGUGGAAAUCCAGGUGAACCAGGAACAGGAAGUCCCGCCUCCCAUGAGCAGAGGAAGAAGAGCGGCUCCCUGACCGCAUCAGAGUACAAACCCUCUCCAACCGCUGGACUCAGACUGGAGAUGCAGGUGUCGGAUCUGUCCAGUAAGCUGAGGGAGAUGCGGCAGUACUGGAUUCAGCUCCCUUUGGCUCUCUGCAGCAAACUGUCAGCAGGAGGCGGCGGACAGGAUAAAUGCUGGAACGGCAUAACUAAAGCCAGGUACCUUCCAGAGGUGAUGGGUGACGGUUUGGCCAAUCAGAUCAACAAUCCUGAAGUGGAGCUUGACAUCACAAAGCCAGACAUGACAAUCCGGCAGCAGAUCAUGCAAUUGAAAAUCAUGAGCAACAGACUGAAAAAUGCUCUGGAGGGGAACGAUGUGGACUUUCAGGAUGCAAGUGAUGAUAUCAGUGGCUCGGGCAGUGGGAUGUGUGCAGGUGGUCACUGUGCUCGAGGCAGACCAGGAUUAUACGCUCUUUCACCAGCUGAUGACCAAACUAGAGGCACAGCAACAUCUCAAACCCCCCUCUGUGGUCUUCUACUCCUGCUCCCAUUGGCCAUCCUUCUGCUUCAGCGAUGAUGGACUGCCGCUGCCUCCAAUCAGACUUCAGAGUUUGGAGAACAAUGGGGUGGACAAGAUGGGGUUUGGUUUCGGGGGGGAAUGAUUGGAACUUUGCCAAAAAAAAAAGACAUUUUAAGGAAAGAAUGAACAUUUCCUUUGACCAAGAGCAGCAAAAACGACAGUGACGAUUUUCUUUCUUCAUUUUGCUCAGUUUUAUUGUCGUAGUUUGAGUGUGGUUCAGUUUGUUGAGCUGGUUUCAAUGGAUGCUUGCGAUGAAGACAGCUGGGAAAGGCAUAGGAGAAGAAGAGGACAAUGACCAUGAUGAGAGUGGUGACUGUUGAUGAUGAUGAUGAUGAUGAUGAGAAUGAUUGGGAUGGGGACGAGGAUUUAUUGACUCUCUAUCAGGUCCUUUUUGUUCAAGUGUCCAGGCGGAAAAAGGUGGAAAAAAACUGGCUGAUCAAAGGUUUAGCUCUGAUAUACGGUGCGUUCAACAAGGCUUUUUUUCAAUCCAUUUCAUUUUUUAUCUCGUCAAGGUUGUCUACCUUUACAAACAUUGUGUAAGUUGUAAAUGUUUGUGUACAUUAGCUAAAAGACUGGCACCAUACUGAGCCAUGAAUGUACAGUAUAAUACUAAUAUUGGCAAUGAUUUCCCCAUUUCUGUGAUGUAGUCAUCAAGAUGUUUUUGGUGUGUGUCUGCAUAAAUGGAACAUUCCAUUAAGUAGGUUUGUUUUGAAAUGUUGCAGAUGGAUUAUCACACUCCUGAAAUGUUUGAGAUGUUGUGAUUGGAAGAUUUUACCUCACUUUUACUGUAAACAACCAUUUCAAAAGAGAAAAAAUUACCGGAAACUACAACUCUUUUAAUCAAAUCACCACCUUUGUAAAGAAAUAAGCAUCUCAUCAAGAGCAGGCAAGCAGUUUCCCUUGAGGACCAAAUACUGAAAAUUAGUCAGACUCUUUGGGUUGCAGUAACCACAAAAAACCUCCACAGGGAACAUUUCAUGACGCAGUAAUACUGAAGAGGACUCCUUGUUGAACGCACACCUGCGUUAAAGUGGAAUGAAGGCUCAGAGGCAACACAGUGGCUGAUAUACAGCAGGACAAACCAAAGCACUUAUUACACCACACUCUUUUUUUAUUUACAGUUUCUGACGUCUAACAUAAGUCUUAACCUCUCACCGGGCUAUGUAACCGCAAAACUGAUGACAGAUUCAUUCAGAGUUUUUGUACAUACAGAACAGGAUAUUUGCAGAAUACAAACACACCUGGUGAUAUCUCAUUAUCUCCGCAUGCCUUUCUUUCAGUCUACUCUGCUAUACCGGUACAUAUGAGACUCCUGAUUCACACAAGUCUCCUGCACACACACACACACACAUUACACACUGGGGUUGUGUAGUAAGCUGAUUUUUUAUUCAUCAGUGUAUCUAAUCACACAUUUCAUUCAUUAAAAUCUGUUUGAUUGUUG